AAUUUUUCCGCCAUACCGGGAACCCCCCAGGGAAUUUUCGGAACCAGUGCUAAGGUCGAAGCGAGGAAGAGCUCCCUCACGCAGUGUGCUGCCACCUACAGAAGUGUCAAUUGACGACAAACGGCCCCUCCCAACCAUGAUCUGCAGACCGGCUCUGUCGAGGGGCAGCCAGCUGGCUCUCCGUCGCCAGGGAGCUGCGAAGCUUGCGCAGCGCGGAUAUGCGGCUGUUGCAUCGCCUAAGGCAUCAUACGAACCGACGACCAUCGCCGGCGUCAAGGUCGCCUCCCGAGACGAUAAUGGCCCGACCACCCGCCUCGCCAUCGUCGCCAAAGCCGGCACCCGCUACGAGCCCCUCCCAGGCCUGACGGUCGGUUUGGAGGCGUUCGCCUUCAAGAACACCCAAAAACGCUCCGCUCUCCGCAUCAACCGUGAGACCGAGCUCCUCGGCGGUCAAUUGAACGCGUACCACACCCGGGAAGCCCUCGUCCUCCAGGCCAACUUCCUCCGCGAGGACCUCCCCUACUUCACCGAGCUCCUUGCCGAGGUGCUGUCGCAGACGCGGUAUACCACCCAUGAGUACCACGAGGAGGUCGUCAACGUCAUCCACCAGAAGCAGGCCAAGCUGGACGCCCCCGCCAUCGCCCUCGAUGCCGCGCACUCGGUUGCCUUCCACAACGGGCUCGGCGCCCCGCUCUACCCGACCCCCAGCACGCCCAUCGCCUCCUACCUAGACGAGAACUCCGUCGCUGCCUUUGCCGACGCUACCUUGACCAAGGGCACCAUCGCCGUGGUGGCCGACGGCGCCAGCGACACCGGUCUCUCGAAGUGGAUCGAACCCUUCUUCAAGGCCGUCCCCGCCCAGCCCUCGUCCGCUCUGCCCGCUGCUGCCUCCAAGUACUACGGUGGUGAGCAGCGUAUCGCCAAGACCAGCGGCAACUCGAUGGUCCUUGCCUUCCCCGGCGCUGCCCUUGGCGCCAACCAGCCCGAGACGGCCGUCCUCGUCGGUCUGCUCGGCGGCGAGUCCACCAUCAAGUGGUCGCCCGGCUUCUCACUUCUGUCCAACGCCGUUACUGCCGCCCCCGGCGCAACUGCCAACGCCACCAACUUCGCUUACUCUGAUGCCGGCCUUCUGACCAUCCAGAUCAACGGCUCGGCCACUGCGGUCCGCAAGGCCGCCGAGGAGUCGGUCAAGGCGCUCAGGAGCGUCGUUGAGGGCGGCGUGUCGCAGGAGAACCUAGUCAAGGCCAUUGCCAAGGCCAAGUUCAACCUGCUCUCGGGUACCGAGGUCAGCGGCACUGGCCUCGUGCACGCUGGUGCCAACCUGAUCCACGGCGGCCAGCCGCUACAGAUCGCCGAGACGAUCAAGGCUCUGGAGGGCGUGAACGCGGACAAGCUCAAGGCUGCGGCCAAGACACUAUUAGAGGGCAAGGCAUCAGUGGCGUCGGUUGGUGACCUGCACGUAUUGCCGUUCGCCGAGGAGCUUGGACUCAAGGUAUAAACGGGGAGUUGUAGAAAGGGGAAUGGGGGAACGGGGGAAUGGGAAAGAGGAAAAUGUACCAACAGUCCUCCGCCGUCAUAGACUCGCGGCUCGCCCACCACAUUGUGCAUAUAGUGAUUCUAGACCUAACUCACUUUCCUAUGUUCGUGACCAAGCGAGGAGCUUAAAAGGGGGAAGGGGUUGUUGGUAUGUCUGAAGCAUGGGUAGUGGUUGUGGAACUGCAUCAUGGAAAGCAUUUUGCCUGCUUA